UCAGGGGUUUCUAGUGCUGAUUGGGGUGUGAGUUACAGUCCUUCACACAUCUGUGCACUAAAGAACUCAUCAGUGAUAAUGAACUGCACUUAUACGUACCCUACUGGAUAUAAGAUCAAGAAACUGUUCUGGAUCAAAACACUUGUAAUAAAUAAUGUAGAUCCUCCAGAUCUGUCUGAGGACCCUGAAUACAGUCAGAGGCUUCAGUAUCUGGGAGAUAAACAGCAGAACUGCACCAUCAGACUGAGUCAUGUGACACUGAAGGAUUCACACGAGUACUAUUUCAGAUUCAUCACUGAUAAAGACAAAUGGCUUGGUAAACCAGGAGUGACUCUUACUGUCACAGAUCUUCAGGUGGAGUCUCCUGAGAGAGUGACAGAGGGAGAUUCAGUCCGUCUGACAUGUAAAAGCAGCUGCACUCUGACUGACAGAGCAACAUUCAUCUGGUACAGAAACUCACAGCCAUUAACUGAGAGAAGAGACAGAAACAAUGAACUCCUGCUGCAGUCAGUCAGAAGAGAGGAUGCAGGCAGAUAUAGCUGUGCUGUACACGGACACAAUCACAUCUCUCCUGCUGUUCAGCUCAAUGUCAUGUAUCCUCCAAAGAGUGUCUCAGUGUCCAUCAGUCCAUCUGGUGAAAUAGUGUCAGGAGAUUCAGUGACUCUGAUGUGCAGCAGUGAUUCAAACCCUCCUGCUUUGUACUUCAGCUGGUUUAAAGGAAGAACGUUUGUAGGAUCUGGAAGAAUCUUCAGAAUCUCAAAGAUCAGCUCUGAUGACAGUGGAGAAUACAAGUGCAGAUCCAUCAAUGAACAUGGAGAGAAAUACUCUGAUAAUGUGACUUUAAACGUCAUGUAUCCUCCUAGGAACGUGUUAGUGUUGAUAAACGGAUCUGGUGAAAUAGUGUCAGGAGAUUCAGUGACUCUGAUCUGCAGCAGUGAUUCAAACCCUCCUGCUCUGAACUUCAGCUGGUUUAAAGGAGGAACGUUUGUAGGAUCUGGAAGAAUCUACAGCAUCUCAAAGAUCAGCUCUGAUGACAGUGGAGAAUACAAGUGCAGAUCCAUCAAUGAACAUGGAGAGAAAUACUCUGAUAAUGUGACUUUAAACGUCAUGUAUCAUCCAAAGAGUGUCUCGGUGUCCAUCAGUCCAUCUGGUGAAAUAGUGUCAGGAGAUUCAGUGACUCUGAACUGCAGCAGUGAUUCAAACCCUCCUGCUCUGAACUUCAGCUGGUUUAAAGGAGGAAAGUUUGUAGGAUCUGGAAGAAUCUACAACAUCUCAAAGAUCAGCUCUGAUGACAGUGGAGAAUACAAGUGCAGAUCCAUCAAUGAACAUGGAGAGAAAUACUCUGAUAAUGUGACUUUAAACGUCAUGUACCCUCCCAGGAACGUCUCAGUGUUGAUAACUGGAUCUGGUGAAAUAGUGUCAGGAGAUUCAGUGACUCUGAUCUGCAGCAGUGAUUCAAACCCUCCUGCUCUGAACUUCAGCUGGUUUAAGGAGAAUGAAAGCUCAGCUGUUGGAUCUGGACAGAGUUUCAGUGCACUACAGAGUGGACGCUUCUACUGUCAGGCUCACAAUCAACAUGGAUCUCAGAGAUCAGACGCUGUAACUGUCACAGUUCAUCAUGGUGCUGGUAGGAAUGUGAUUGUGAUCGCAGCGACAUCUGGAGGAUUAUUCUUCAUCAUCAUCAUCAUCAUCAUCAUCUUAUUAAUAAUAAAGAAACGAAGGAGUGAUAAAACUGAAGAUCUCACAGUGAAACAGAAUGAUCUCCAUUCUGACGCGUCACAGAGAGUUUCAGUCCAUGAUGAGCCUCUUUCUGAAUCGGAUUCAGCCAAUGACGCUCCGUAUGCCAGUGUGAAACCAAAGAGAUUCAGAGAAAAAACUCCUGAAUCCAGAGAUACUGAGGAGAUCCAGUACGCAACUGUCCAAUAUCACAGAAAGAAAGAGACGAAGAGUGAAGAGGAGAAUGAUUGUCAGUACGAAAAUAUAAGAGUCCAUCAGCCUGAUGCUGCCGUGAGGCGAUCAGCUGUUCAAACUGUAGAAGAUGCAUCAGUGAUCUACAGCAGCGUUAAAUGAGAGACCAGCGAACAC